AUGGUGCACCGUAGAAGUGAGGCCCACGGCCUGAAGAACCGCAUCUAUGAUCCCGCGAAGAUUGCCAGCUGGUCCACCGCCGCUCACUACCAACUCGUCCACUCCGUUGCCAUUCUCAUCGCUCGAUCCAACCCCAUCGCCGCCGGCCUUUUCACCGCUGGCGCGACCAUGUUCAGCGGUAGCAUCUACGCCCUUAUCCUCAACCCUGAUCUCAAGUUCCUUGGUCCCGUCACUCCAAUUGGUGGCCUUGCCCUGAUUGCUGGCUGGCUGGCCUUGGCUUUCACCAAGGGUCGCGUUCGUUUUUAA